GUUUAUCAGAAACUAUAUGGGAACUUCACGAUUUAAUGAUAAAAUGAAACCUUGAACAUGAUUUCUAGAAAAUUAAUUUACGAAAGAAAAUAAACAAACACAGAUGUGGUAAGAGAUGUAAAACAUUUAACUGCUACAUUGCGCAUGUCUGCUUUCCAAAAAAAUAAAAAAUAAAAAAUCUACACUAGCCUGUCUUGUAGUAUAAAAUGUACCUAUUGCGGUACAUCUUAAAUAUUCACAGGAAACAGUUAUUUCAAGUUCGAAAUAUAUACGUUAUAUAGUUGUGAAAUUUAAUUUCCUGCAAAAUUUGAUCUAAUCUUGAAAAUAUCUCAGUGUGAACCAUUUGCUAUACUCGAACGCAUAUGUAAACAAAUUAACAUAAACUGAUAAGCACAGGACAAGACUUAGUUUCAUUUGUUGUUUCAAAUCGAUUAGAAAACAACACAGAUAUGACUUCUAAGUCACAGACUUUGGUAUUAAUGUUGAUGACGUGUGCCUGGAAUGUGGAGGUAAAUGCGUUUUUGAAGCGGAGACUCAACACACUUGAGACGAGAGUGAACAGUAUAGAAAUGCGUAUUAAUACUGACAAUGAACUGACAAGAUCUACCUUAACAUCCAUGAGACAAGAUGUCGAAGCCUUAAAUACUUCCAUCGUCAUUCUUGAAGAUCAGGCGUGUGUGUGUUCAAAUGAGAGAGAAGAAAAUGAUAAACAAAUAAAGAAGAAUCUGGGACAAUCUGUUGUUGUUUCCCACCAGAGGGAAACAUUAAUCAAAAAAGGAUUCAUGGAUGAAAAGAAAUGGCUGAGAAAAAAGGUAAAAGUCAUUGAAAAUGAAAUGCGUAAAGUUGCAAAUCAGGUAGAAAGUAAUGACGAUAUAAUUGCGGAAACAGUCACAAGAAUGCAAGUCAAGGAAAAUGACCUAGACAGAAAAUUAACUGAGGUCAUUUCAGAGGUAAUGGCAAAGUGCAGUGCUGAAAUCAGAAAGAAAGACGAGAAAAUGGAUAGGCAACAGGCUGAAAUAGACGAUUUAAAACAGAUGAUAAAUGAAAUGAAAGAAGUGCCAGAUAAUCUACCAUGUCCUGAUGGCUGGACAAAGUUUCAAUCAUUUUGUUACUUAUAUGUUGAGGAAAAAAUGAACUACGUCUCAGCACGCGAAACAUGCCUCAAACUUGGGGCGAGUGUAGCGGACAUUCAGAGUUCGCCCGAAAACGAGUUUGUUUACAAGUUAUGUGAAAAUAAUGGACAUACAUGGACACGAUCAUCAUUGAAACGAAACGUGUGGUUAGGACUCACGGAUGAAGAAACGGAAGGUGUAUGGAUAUCUGAUAGGACCAGAGAAAAGAGUACAUACAUGAACUGGAACCCUGGUGAACCGGAUGAUUCUCCUUACCAAAACUGCCUGACGAUGGGAUUUGAAGCACCGUUUGAUCAAUGGAAUGACAUUUAUUGCGAAAGUACUAUUGGUCUACAAGCUCAGUUCGUUUGCAAGAAGGAAAUAUGAUACAUUUCAAAGAUUACUUUGUUGCAUACGGAUAUAUCCAUUUACUUUCUCUCUUGUUCUCUGCUAUUACUAAUACUCAUUUCUGACGAACAUUUUCGAAUGUGAGUUAUUGCAUCUGUAUAAGCAUUAAACCACUUAUUAACAUAACCUAUUUUUCAAAUAUUAUAUACAGAUUUCUUCCAAGGUAUGGGAAUGAUCGCAGAAGUGCUUGUUUCGAAUAAUCAAUGUAUUAUAAUGUAUUCCUCAAUGCUAUGUUAUACAUGUUAAUACUGGAAGCUGAUGUUUAAGUAAAAGAUAUACAUGCACCUGAUCAAAAUUCCGCUUAGCUCAGAAAGGAGAGCUUUGGUCUACGGAUUGCGGGGUCGCGAGUUCGAUCCUCGGGCGGGGCGUAUGUUCUCUGUGACGAUUUAAUAAAAGACAUUGUGUCUGAAAUCAUUCGUCCUCCACCUCUGAUAAUUCAUGUGGGGAAGUUGGCAGUUACUUGCGGAGAACAGGUUUGUACUGGUACAGAAUCAAGGAACACUGGUUGGGUUAACUGCCCGCCAUUACAUAACUAAAAUACUGUUGAAAAAACGGCACAAAACAAGAUCCAAAUUCUAUUUUGAAUAUAUUAUCUGUUAAAAUAUCAUAAUAACAACAUAAAGUCAACAAUAUUAUGUGCAUCAAUAGUACUGUGCAUUAUGUUUAACAGUAUACAGCAAUACAUAUAUAGCUAAACGCAGUAUAAAUGUGUAUUACACCAACACAAAUGGGAAUUUAUUUAACAAACGACUGUUCUUCCUGCAUUUGAUCAUGAAUAUCGCUCUGUACCAAUGGAUAGCUUAUGUAUCCAGUAAAUUUUAAUACAUUUGACAAGGAUUUACUACACCUGAAGUAAUUGUCUAUAAUAGCCUCGAUAGCCUAGCGGUAGAGCGUUCGCUUCGAGUGCGGAAGGUCGUGGGUUUGAUCCCUGGCCGCGUCAUAACAAAGACGUGAAAAAUGGUACCAGUAGCUCCCUUGCUUGGCGCUCAGCAUUAAAAUGGAAACUCAUACCCUCGUGGCGAUGGAUUCCAUCAGGAAUGAGGUGUCUAGAGUGAUUAAUAUAAAUUGUAGAACUUCCUUCACAAUCGACCUAAAAUAAAUUAACUGAAGUAGUUAAGUGAAAAAUAGCCAUUUGAUAACUUUAUGCAUAAUGUCUUUUUUCUUAAAAUUCAAUUAUUUUGUAACAGUAGUAAUAUUAGUAGAUAUGUUGUGUAUAUAUGAGUCUCUUGCAAUUUUUUCAUAGAAUGGACAUAUACAAUACCUGGUUAUAUCAAAUUUUACAAUAAUAUUUCUAUUGUAUUCUGUAUAAAAAUGAAUUAAAAAAAAACAACAACGAUAUAUGUGCUGUUUUUUUUUAAAAUAGUAUAGCUGUGAAGAUAUUUGUCAUGUUUGUUUGUUUAAGAAUGAAAACGAUUUUAUUAUAAUGCAAAUUAGUAUGUAAUUGUGUAUUGUUUUAUAUUGGCCUUGUCACCGAUAGAUAUUUUAAUAGAGAUUGUAGACCAGGCAUGAUCUUUAAACUCAUACCUAGCCACAGAUUCCAAUGGCUCAAAUCAUAAAUCAGUAUUAAAAUAUAUCUUAUAAUGUCAGAGUAGAAAUGCAUGAAAUGAAUUAUUUUGUUGAAAAAGAGGUAAUUAAAGGUGGCGAAAAAUAUGUUACAUUUUUUACCAGAAAACUGACUCUAAACGUCUGAAAUGCUAUUUUGAAGAAAUUCUGCAUCUUAUGAGUAAGCAAAUAUUUCGAAGAACAAUUACAGAUUAUUUUUUUGUUAAGUCCAUGCCAAAAUUUAUAGCAGUGAAAUAAACAAAUGAUCGGCAUGGUAUUUAUGCGUAUUGCACGCAUUACAUUAAUCAUCAAGUGCUUACCGAGUAGUUAACUAAUCGCCCAAACCUUAAGUUUGGCUCCACGUUUUGUUAUUAAGAUAUUCUCACAGUUAAAUGUCUUUUUAUUGAGUCUCUGAGACGACUUUUUUGUCUGUCCAAAUAUCCUACUAACAUUAAA